AUGGUAGCUGUGAUGGAUGUGGAACGGAGGAAGAAGUUGGUGGAGGCGGCCAUGGAUUUGGGGACUAGGAAGAAUUGGGGGGCGUAUACGGGCAUAUUCAUUGCGCUCAUGCUUGUCAUAGCCACAAUCCAGCGUGAUGAGGACUAUCACGACUUUGCCGACCAGCCCACUCUUUUCCUUGGGAUCCCUAAUACGUUGAAUGUGGUCUCGGUAAUCCCCUUCUUUUUUGUCGGUCUUGCUGGGCUCAUCCUUAACCACUGCGAAAGCUACUUUAGGCCAUGCUCACAGAGGGCUUUCUACACACUCUUCUUUGCUGGUGUCAGUGUUGUUGGUUUUGGUUCAUUCUUUUACCAUCUCAACCCGAAAAAUGAUACCCUAUUUUGGGACACGUUCCUAAUGAUGAUCGCUUUCACAUCUUUCGAGGUCAUUUUCAUUAUCGAAAGGUUUGAUGAUUGGGCCGGAACAAAGUCGUUUGCAUCAACGAGCUACUGGCUAUGGGCAGCAGGAUUUUACGUUCUUGCAAGAGUAGAAGAAGUUGCAGACAAACCAAUUUAUAGGUGGACUCUUCAUAUUGUCAGUGGGCAUACUCUUGGUCAUUUAUGUGCUGCAAUGGUACCUCUUUUUUUCAUUCUCAUGUUAGAAAAAAGGACAAGGCCAAUUCAACCAGAAAGACGCAUGAUUCCGAUGCAGCAUCAAUUAAAGCUUACUUUCAUGGUCUGCUUAUUGGUGCCCAAGAUGAUCUGCCUAUGGGUGCCCAAGUUACAGGUAAUCAUACAGUGA